UAUAAAUCAAUUCGCCUAUAAAACUGUGAAAACAAAGGUAAAGAAGCCAAGAAACAGUAAGAGAAGAAAGAAGAAAAAACAAGAACAACAUAAAGAUCUUCUUCUACUUCUUCUUCUUCUUCAUACUUCCUAACCCUACCAUAUUGCAUUGUUUCUUCAAUAGUAGAUGGUGGAAAAUAUCAAGAGACAUUGAUAUAAGAAGAUGAAGAAAUACGAAGCAAUAAAGAGUUUUGAAGAGAAUGAUGAAGAUUUAGAAAUGGGUCAUGAAAACCAGAUCCAUGAUUCAGCUACAAAGAUUAUUAAUAAUGAAGAACGUUCUACAAUGAUUUCUUCUUCAUCAUCUUCAUCAAGAAAACAAGAACAACAACAACAUCAACAACAACCUCAAACUUCUCAACGAUUGCUUUCACUUGAUGUUUUUCGUGGUCUCACUGUUGCGCUUAUGAUAUUGGUGGAUGAUGCUGGUGGACUUAUUCCAGCACUCAAUCAUUCUCCAUGGAAUGGUUUAACAAUAGCAGAUUUUGUUAUGCCAUUUUUCCUUUUUAUUGUUGGUGUUGCAUUAGCAUUCACAUACAAGAAACCAUCUUGCAAAGUUGAUGCGUCUAGAAAGGCGGUUUUACGAGCGCUUAAGCUUCUUGCAUUAGGCAUUUUUCUUCAAGGAGGUUAUGUUCAUCGCGUUAGUGAUUUGACGUUCGGAGUGGAUUUGAAGCAGAUAAGAUUGAUGGGAAUACUGCAGAGAAUUGCAGUAGCAUAUUUGAUUACAGCUCUCUGUGAAAUUUGGCUCAAGCGUGAAGAUAUCGUUAAUUCUGGAUCAUCCCUUUUGAGAAAGUAUCGAUAUCAAUGGGCUUUGGCUUUGUUUCUCUCUGUCAUUUAUCUUUGCUUGCUGUAUGGGAUGUACGUUCCUGAUUGGGAGUAUGAAGUUCCAACAGAACCUUCUUCAGAACCUAUGAAAUUUUCUGUUAAAUGUGGAGUAAGAGGUGACACUGGACCAGCCUGCAAUGUCGUUGGAAUGAUCGAUCGUAGCUUAUUGGGUUUACAACAUCUAUACCGGAGACCAAUAUAUGCACGGAUGCCUGAAUGCAGUAUAAAUUCUCCUGACUAUGGACCAUUGCCUCCUGAUGCUCCUUCUUGGUGUCAAGCUCCUUUUGAUCCUGAAGGACUCUUAAGUUCAGUGAUGGCAAUUGUUACCUGCUUGGUUGGCUUGCAUUAUGGUCAUAUUAUUCUCCAUUUUAAGAACCAUAGAAUUAGAAUCUUACAUUGGAUGAUUCCAACCUCUUGUCUUGUGGUAUCUGGCAUUGCCUUGGAUUUAUUUGGAAUGCAUGUAAAUAAAGUUCUCUACUCAUUUAGUUAUACUUGUCUCACUGCUGGUGCUGCUGGCAUUCUCUUUGCUGGAAUAUACUUGAUGGUUGAUGUAUGUGGAUACAGUCGCAUGACUUCGAUUUUCCAAUGGAUAGGCAUGCAUGCAUUAAUGAUUUAUGUCCUAGCAGCUUGCAACAUUUUCCCAAUUUUCCUUCAAGGAUUUUAUUGGGGAAAUCCUCAUAACAACAUUCUAAAGUUAAUUGGAGUUGGAUCAUGAAGGAGGAAGCAAAUUAAAUAUGCUAGUGGAUAACAAGAUUAUUAUGUUAUUAAAUGAUGAGACAUUUUUUGUUUCACCUAUGUCGUAAUGAGGAGGACCAAAGCAAUGUGGUGGAAUUUUGAGAGAAAUUUUGGAGCUGGUCUUUUAUUCAAGAACAUGAACAUGAAUAAAUGUUCCUCUAAUCUAUUGAUAAAAUCACCUACUACAUGGAUGAUGCAUAUGAUAUAUUUUGGAGAAGUUACAUUUCUUCAUGGCAGACUUUCAUUUUUAUAUAUAGAAAAAAGAGAGCAGCUUUUGUUUAUAGUAUAUGAUGACUGCCAUAUAUUGAGUACUUUGUAUCUUGAAAUGUUAGAUUUCAAGAUGAGUAAGAAUUUGUCACGAUAUAUCAUUGUACAACUUUAGCUUAAUAUUUAUUAUCAUUAUUAUUAUUA